UCUUUGUUCUGCUUAUCAAUCGCUCUGUGUUCAUCAACUCAAGCUCCCAUUCUCUUUGCAUAGGUGUUCUUGAGGUUCUAAGAGACCUACAAAUCUAGAAGAUGUCUUGCGGUGGAAGUUGCAACUGCGGUUCGAGCUGCGGCUGCGGCGGCGGAUGCGGAAAGAUGUACCCAGACUUGGCUGAGAAGAACACUGCCACUACCCCGGCGGCCAUGGUCCUCGGUGUUGCACCUGAGAAGGGGCGCCUCGACGCCGACUUCGAGAAGGCCGCGGAGUCCGGCGAGGCUGGCCACGGCUGCAGCUGCGGCCCCAGCUGCAAGUGCAGCCCCUGCAACUGCUAAGGAGAUGGUGAUCGAUCCGCAUGCGUGCUUCAGCAUGCCUCCUGUAUGUGUAUGUGUGUGACAGUGUGGUCAAAUAAGGAGCCAUCCGGUGUGAGGCUCGUCAAGCCGGUGCAAGUGCAGUGCUUGCCUCUAUGCUUGCUGUGUGUCUACUGCUGUGGCUGUGAGAUCAGCAGUGUAUGUAUCAACUAUCAAGUGCCAACACCUGGUGCUGUUGUGAUUGGAGGAUCAUGUGGCUGCUAAGCUGCAAUGUUCAUCCUUUCAGUGUGUCUUGUGCUGUACUGUAAUUCCAUGGUGUGCUGUCGAGUGAAAUAUGAGAUGGUUUGUUUGUGCA